AGGGCAGUCAGUCGCGAGCUUUACGUUUCAUCGGAUGAUCACUACUAGUAACGUGAAUUUUUACGAUUGUGUCGAAAACGAUGAUUUUUCAAAGGAUUUUCUUAAUUCGAAUAAAAAAAAAUAAAAAUAUCAGAAAAAAUUAAAUUAAAUUGAAACGUAUGUUAUUUUAAAAAUAAUAGAAAAAUACGUAAAGAAAUACGUAUACAUAAAAAAAAAGAUUAGCAAGAGUAGGGAAAAAAAGGAAAAAGAGAAGGAAAAAGGAAUGAAAGAAAACGUGGAGCAAUUUUGAACGCAGGAAGGAUAUACGAAUAGGAAACAGAGAUGCAGCAUUUUUAUAUAAUUAAUCGUUUAUUUUUAUUCGUUCUAAUUUAUCAAUCGAUGAAGAUCAAUGGAGAGAAAAUGGAAAGAAGAGAGAAUUCAUUCUGUCAUCCAUUUCCUAGUAUUAUUUUGGAUCAAAAUAAAAUUAAUAAAUUCGAGAAUGGAAGUAUAGUAUACAAUAAAUUAAUGUAUCCUACUGAAUCAUAUCAUGUAUUUGGAAACAAAACAUAUGGAUGUAUAUGUAAUUUGCAAUCAUGCUUGAGAAAAUGUUGUAAACGAAACGAGAUUCUAGGGGAAGGUAUUCGACCUAAUUGUACUCGCUUAUCAAGUGAAUCAUUUAUUCAGAAAUCUCUCGUUCUCGAACGAAAUCAACUCGCAGUUGAAAUCCAAGAAAUAUCUAGAUUAAGCGAUCAGUUUUUUCUGAUAGAGGACAUGCAAUGUUCCGAAAAUUUAAGCAGACUUCUACUCGAACCAGAAAAUAUCGAAGAAGAUGCGUAUGUGUUACAAGCAAAUGGUAUUCUUCAAACUUACAAUGGCGACAAAUAUGAAGCUUGGAAUUAUUGCCUCGAUUGGAAAGAACCUUCCAAAAAAAUUGCUGUUUUGGUUUGUACAUUUAAUAUGUCUACAACGACUUCAAAUCCAGUGGAUGCCGGAAUCAUAAUUUCUAUUCCAUUCUUUUUCGCUACUUUCUUUGUGUAUGCGAUUAUUCCAGAAUUAAGAAAUCUCUAUGGAAAAACUUUAAUGUGUUAUGUGGCUUGUUUGGUGGUUGCCUAUACUUCUCUCGUCUUGGCCAAACUACUUUUUUUUAAGUACGUCUUCUGCAGCGCAAUAGCAUUCAUCAUUCAUUUUUCUUUCUUGGCUAGUUUCUUCUGGUUGAACGUUAUGUGCUUCGAUAUUUGGUGGACAUUUGGAGGCUUUCGAUCCUUACAUGGCAGCGUGAAACAAAGAGAGCGUAAAAAAUUUUUAAUAUAUUCGAUUUACGCCUGGGGUUGCGCAGCGAUUCUCACCGGAGUUUGCGCUAUUAUGGACUUUCUGCCUAAAAUUCCAAAUUAUUUAAUCAAACCAGACUUUGGAAAAAUGAAUUGUUGGUUCACAAGAGAUGAAGCAAAGGCAUUAUAUUUUUACGGUCCUAUGGGUAUCACUGUUCUUUGUAAUAUAUGUCUUUUUAUUUCUACGGCAUUAAAAAUACGACAACAUGGAAAAGAUACGGCCCAACAUCUCAGAGGUAUAGAUAGUAGACGCCAUGAUGACAAUAAACAAUGGUUUAAUCUAUAUUUGAAACUGUUCAUUGUGAUGGGUAUAAAUUGGUCAAUGGAAAUAAUAUCAUGGCUCUGUAACAAUACACCAACAUAUCUUUGGUAUCUUACUGAUUUUACGAAUACUUUGCAAGGUGUAAUUAUUUUCAUAAUUUUCGUUUGGAAAGAUAAAGUUAAAAGACUACUGUUAAGAAGAUUUGGUUGCCAUGAAAGUAAUAUUUUUUCAAGAAAUUCAACUCGUAGUGGUUGUCGUACUUGUACAUCAACAACUUCCGCUCCAUCGUUUCAGGAAAAGAUCGUCACAUAUUCGAAUGAAUCUUUUUGUGACAAAACAAUGGUCGAUAAUUAAAAGUUAGCUUUAAUCAUUUCUGUAUCGUGAUUCAUUAUGUAUCAUUUACACAACUUUAUAAAAAUAACAAAUGAAAAAAAGAAACAAAGGAAAUUUUAAUUGAACUAUAUUAGUUUUUGACAAAUCUAUAUUCGAUUUAUAUUCGACAUUUCAUCAAAAUAUCAAUUGAUAAUGAAUUAGAUCAAAUAUUGAAUGUGAAUUUUCUUGAA